AUGGCGAACAACAACAGGCUGCAGAUUGUAAGCGUACAGGUAGAGAGUCCCAUAGUAUUGGAGCCACUACUGCAAAGGCCCAAUCACAUUUUGUUUUCAGGCAGGAGUGAGGGACAACCAGUAGGCCUUGGUCAGCAGACCUCAAUGACCUACUGGGUCUAUAUGGACAAGGUCACAGAAGUGCUCUGUUUCCUGAUAAUUCAGGGCUCUAAACCAGGAUAUGGACAUCACAGGAAAGAGACCUCUGUUGGCCAUUCGCCACUGUCCCAUCAGUCCCCAGCAGACUGCAGCGGUGAGGACUUUCUGCCCAGAAAACUGAAUGGCUCCUCACUGGAGAUGCCCAGCCACCAGAACCUGCAUCGGGAGCUGCUGCUCAGCCAUAAACGGGGCCUGCUGCUGGAGGAGAAGCCAGAGCUGAAACGAGUGUUGGAGCAGCGCAGACUGGAGCUGCACAAGGAGGAGAAGAUGGCACAGCGGCAGCCCUCAGAUCUGGAGAUGGAGCUCCGCAAGAGGCAGCAGAAGCUGGAAGAGUACGAGCAGGAGGAGAUCAGACGGAGGGAGAACCAGCUGAAGAUCCCAGAGUUUGUGCGGGUGAGGGAGAACCUGAGACGCACACAGACGUUUGAGCAAUUGAAGCCCUGA